UGGAGGCUGGGAUGGACUAUGCAUGGCUCUUUCAAUAACCAAUCAGUGCAAUUUCCAGCAAAAUAUUCUGUACAACAAAAGUGAUAUGCAUGUGCAAAUGUUUUUAUUAUGUAAAUUACAGUAAAGCAAAUUUGCAACAUUUUCCUUUUAGAAAUUGUGUUAUAGUAAACUGCCUAUGUGUUACAAUUUUUUUUCUCAGGUCUUGCACCUUUCCUUACUGUUCUGGGUGCUGUCUGACACACACCCUACCUAAUAGACAGUAACUCGCUUGCUCGUUACUGCCAGGCUCCAGCUACACCGAGGAAAUACAACAAUAUUAUCAUAGAAACAGCUGAAGAUUGAUGGCAUUUUAUUGGAAAUUGUCAUACCAUGUACUGAAUGUUCAUGAUGUCUGAACAUUUAGAAGAAAAUUGAUGGUCAGAAGAGUUUUUGAUUCCAGUGGAAUUUGUCACGUCUUUUGCGUCACUUUGUUUUCGAAAAGAAAACGCACCCUACGUGGCAACGCACUGAAGGAUCUACCUUUUUAUUUGAAAGGGAAGGCGUUUUUUGUCGAAGCCAUUGUGCUUCCCCUAGUGACCUCUGUGGGUUACAAUGCCUGUACAAGCGCCGCAAUGGACGGAAUUCCUGCUGUGUCCCAUCUGCACCCAGCUGUUCGAGGAGAGCGUCCGCAAGCCCAUCAGCCUGGGCUGUGGACACACCGUCUGCAAGAUGUGCCUGAACAAGCUGCACCGCAAGGCCUGCCCCUUCGACCAGACGGCCAUCGCUUCCGACAUCGAGCUGCUGCCUGUCAACACUGCCCUACUGCAGCUGGUGGGAGGACAGGUGCCCAAACGGCAGCCUACCACCUUGCUGACGGGGCCAGAGGACAUAGCCCACUAUGAGGAAGCCAGUGAUUGUGUGGAGGAGCUGGCUCUGUACCUGAAACCACUGAGCAACAGCAGAGGGUUGAGCACCAGCGGUGCACAAAGCUCUCUGAGCCGGCCCAUGCAGAGGAAGCUGGUGACCCUGGUGCACUGUCAGCUGGUGGAGGAGGAGGGCCGGGUGAGGGCCACGCGGGCGGCCAGGUCCCUAGGGGAGCGCACCGUCACUGAGCUCAUUCUGCAGCACCAGAACCCACAGCAGCUCUCCUCCAACCUGUGGGCUGCAGUCAGAGCAAGAGGCUGCCAAUUCCUCGGCCCAGCGAUGCAGGAGGAGGCUCUGAAGCUGGUGCUGUUGGCUCUAGAGGACGGCUCCGCUCUGUCCAGGAAGGUCUUGGUGCUGUUUGUGGUCCAAAGGUUAGAGCCACGCUUCCCCCAGGCCUCUAAGACCAGCAUAGGCCACGUGGUGCAGCUCCUCUACAGGGCCUCCUGCUUUAAGGUGACCAAGCGAGACGAGGACUCGUCCCUGAUGCAGCUGAAGGAGGAGUUCCGGACAUACGAGGCACUGCGGCGCGAACAUGACUCCCAGAUUGUCCAGAUCGCCAUGGAGGGUGGCCUCCGCAUCGCCCCUGACCAGUGGUCCUCUCUGCUCUAUGGGGACCAGUCGCACAAGUCCCACAUGCAGUCCAUCAUCGACAAGUUGCAGACGCCAGCGUCGUUUGCUCAGAGCGUUCAGGAGCUGACCAUUGCCCUGCAGAGGACAGGCGACCCGGCCAACCUGAACCGUCUGCGACCACACCUGGAGCUGCUUGCCAACAUCGACCCCAGCCCAGACUCCCCUCCCCCCACGUGGGAGCUGCUGGACACGGGCUUGGUGGCGGUGAAAACGGUGGUGCACGGCCUGGUGGACUUCAUCCAGAACCACAGCAAGAAGGGGAGCGACACGCAACAGCCUCCCCAGCACAGUAAAUACAAGACGUACAUGUGUCGGGACAUGAAGCAGAAGGGGGGCUGUCCUCGAGGAGCCAGCUGCACCUUCGCCCACUCUCAGGACGAGCUAGAGAAGUAUCGUAAGAUGAACAAGCGUCUGGCCGCCCGACGGCCCCUCAGCCUAUCCUUGACGCAGCUCAACGAGGUGGGCCUAUUGCCCGAGGAGGUGGGGAUGAUGGAGGGGCUGGCCCACAAGGGCCUAACCAAUGGCAUGGUGGCAUCAGUCACAGGCUCCGCCCUGCCCCAGCUCAUCUCCCGCGGUGCCGACCCCUCUUAUGAGCCCAUUAUGCGGAAGCCCCAGUCCCAGGGAAGCCACAGUGCCCCCGGCUCUCCCCCUGACUUACUGGACCCCGUGCCCAAUCGGUCCAUGGCCCACCCCAGGAUGGCAGUGGACCACCUGGCCAUGCAUAAGCCAGUGCCCAGGGGGCCCCCCAUGUACCCCUCACAGCAGGGUGAACAUUUCUACCCCCCUGAGCCCAGGGCACCACCAUCAGCCAUGCAGUACGAGUCCACCCAGUACCCCCCAGGUAACCCCCCCUACCCCUACCAGUCCUCCCAGUACCUUCCCCAGCCCCGCUACGUUCGGAACCUCCCUCCCCCUAACGACCUGGCCACGCCUGCCUACCCAGAGUCCCCCUACCCCGGCACCUACCCACAGGAGCAUGAGUGUCCCCCUCCCCCACAGCCCUCGGGUCCCCACUUCUCCAAUGCCAACCCCCAUGGGUACCCACCUCCCCCUCAUUACGACGGCCGUCGACACCCCUCCUACCCGCCGCCACCUCCACAAACCUAUCCCCACCGGGAGGAACUCUCCUCCAUGCCUGCGGACGAGGCCUCCAGAGAAAGAUACCCUCCCGAGGGUUACCAGCCCGCUGGCUCCCACAUGAGGCCCUACUCCACACGGGAGGAUUACAGUCGGCCCCAGCCCCCUCCCACUCUGGACUACCUGCACCGCCGACGCCAGGAGAUCAUGGCCCAGUUGGAGGACAGGAAGCAGGUCACUCCCCCACCCUUUGCCCCCUCGCCCACGCUGCCACACACCUACGAGUCCAACUACACACAGGAGCAACAGCAGUACAUGGAGAACUCCCAAGUGUUUGCAAAGUACCGUGAGCCAGACUACGCUAGCCAGUACUCUCCUUGGUCAUGUGACACCAUUGGCUCCUACAUUGGCAGCAAGGAGGGGAAGUCUAAAGACACCAUGGAGAGGAUGAACACUGAGGGGAAAGGUGCGGAGGGCCAGCGCAGGUCGGCCGAGGCCAGAGACGACGACCCUAUCAUCCCCUUCGGCUCCCUGCCCACUGUGUCGCGCUUCGGGGUGAUCUCCCGCACCCCCAAGACGGGCUACCAGAUGGCCGGGCCAGGGCAGGCCGUGACCCCCCCACAGGGGACCAACAGCCCCAAACACACCGCUGCAACAGCAGACUACCCCUAUGGGAACGGUGCAGGGUGGGGUGUUGCCGCGUACACCCAGCCCCCUCAGGCCCACCUCAGUGAAAGGCCAGUCCAGGAGAGGGAGCAGCUGACGAUGGAGCUCCAGCAGGUCAAUCGGCAGAUCAACAAGCAGACUGCCCAGGCGGCCCAACCCAGCCCGGGGGAGUGGUCGUCGGGGAGCGUCUCCAGCCAACAGCUGAGCCUGGAGCUCCACCAUGUGGAGAGGGAGAUUGGCAAGAGGACCCGCCAGAUAGCCCUGGAGAACCAUGUGUCUCAUGAUGGGAGCGGGGCAUACAAGCUGAAGCCCACUGAGAACAAAAUGCAGAGAGAGGAGCACUCGUUGGUUCUCAGUGAGGGCUAUAACGGUUCCAGUUGUGUUCUGCUGGAUGGCAGUGCGGCCGGCAGCAUUUUGUCCUGCCUGACCAGCAAUACCUCGUCCCUCAGCCUGUCCUCAGACCUCCCCACCACCGGGGGAACUGACCGACAGGAGAACAUCGCGGUCCUCCCGUGUUCCUAGCCACACAACUGGAGUCUGGUGUGCAGACACCUUUUUACAGAGAACGUCAAAGUCCUCUGAGGACCUGGUUGGGAGUUGUCGGUGUGUUAGCCGCUAGGGGAUGCUAAUUUACCAACUUAUGGGAUCACUCUGAACGUGGGUCAACGUACAUCUUUACCAUGCCUUGACUCCCUAUUGAGGAAUUGGACUAAUAAUGUACGUUCUUUGUACAUUUAUUCAGUUAUUCACCUCUUUUAUUUGAUGUGUUUGUUACUAUUUUGUAGACCAAUAUAAACUGGUCUCUCGAGACAUCUUAAAAACACCAAUUUUGGUGUGACCUUUUUUUUUUUAUGUAUAAUCGCUAUGUAACAUUAUACUAUUGUUGAUUUUUGGUGUUACUAUUUCUUGGGAAAGCGCUAUUGACAUUUGAACAAUCGUAAAGAUUGGAUACAAAACCCUUGCUGUAAUGCAUUGUAGAGACAGAAUUUGUGGAAGGUUCAAAAGAAUGUAAUGGUUUGUUAUAUUGCCAUGCUUCAUGGGUUAGGCUACUUCUUAAAGGGCAAUUCCACCACUUUUUUUUUUUUUUUUACCUCAUUGAUCAUUACCAAACCAGUGUCUACAUUGUGUAAACAGCACGUUUCUAUGACCUGUGGUUAAAAUGACAAAGGUCCUUUAAAAAAUGCUUCUCUGGGACAUCAGAGCAGGAUUAAAAGUUUUUUUUUUUUUUUUUUACAACAACAAAAUAAACAUUGAUUUUUAAAACCGGCAAUGAGUUUAUAGCCCAAGGGAGGAUAUUUUCAUGGUCCCUGUGUCACUGCGACUCGCAUAGUGUUUGAAAAUCACUUUUUAAAAUGUAGCUUUUGAUGUCAUUCGGGUAGAAUGUAACUUUAAAAAAUAAAAUGUAGAAAUGCACCAUUUACACAUGUUGACAAUGGUAUUGUGCUGGAGAUAAUGAAAAUGAGGUAGAAAAGUGGUGGAGUUUGUCCAUUUAACAUGCUGUGGUUUCUAAGAACUGCUUUCGAUCCGAGGUAUUAACCAGAAGGAACUGCCAUUGCCCGCACUGGGAAAGUGAAUUACCUCUUAAAUUAACUACUGUGGUUCAAAGCCCUGUCUGUUGCUCAAUGAUUUUUUUCAUAUUUAAGUGUUUGAAAAAAGGUGAACAUUUUGCACCAGUGCAAAUUAAUAUAAUAUUAAAACUUAAACAUGUAUGUUUAAAUAUGUCCUUAUAAAUGUACGUAUUCGCUUCUUUCGAAAAACAAAUUGGUGGGAAAAUGUAUCCUUUUAAUGUGUCUGAAUGGGAAUUCUCUUCACUCCAUACCUUCACUGCUAUCAUUUGAAUACUGUCUGUUCUCAGUCGUUCUAUUGUUGAGCGCACUGAUUGAGGCUUAAGAAAUGUGACGAGCUUUCCAGCAGGUUGACUAUUUCAAAGUUUAAGAUGCAAACCUACAGGCUUGUCUAUACAGUACAUCAACUUCCCACUGUUAAUUCAACUCCUUCAAGAGUCAGCAUUUAUAUUAAAUGGUCUCUACAUAUCAGCUGUGCAAAGAUGAGUCAAUCAGCUGAUUGCCAAUGCAGAGCCGAGGAACCGCUUAUCCUUUGAGACAAAGGAGUUCAGUGCCAGAAUCUACACUUGUAAAACUGCAACGCAAGUUAAUAUUUAAGACCCAUUGAUACCGGGAAACUCACCUGUUUGUUUACAUAGCCAUUUUGUGUCUUUCAUCCAAACAAGAAAAUAUUUUGGGCUGUCGUAGCAUUGUCUGGUCUGUGUUUGAUUAGAGGAAAGACAUCUGCCGUUUCCAAGGGGCUUUUAUUUUUCCAACCCUUCUAGAAGGUUGUCUGUUUUUUGAAGUUGUGGAGAGAAGAUCCCGGUAGUCUUUUAUUUUAUGCUUCCUAAUUUAAAUUAAGUGUGUGUGUGAUGAUUGACUCGUAUUGGGUAAACGCAGUAACAUUUUGAUAGUAGGAUAGCCAUACACCAAGACAACACGAGUAACUUAAUUAUUUUCCAAGAAUGUUACUUUCUUGUCCAGGAAAUGUCUUCAGUUAUUCAUUGAGUUUUUACUAAAUACUGCGGAAUGAAUUACUUCUUAGGAUUUGCUAAUAAGGACAACUAAAUCCAAUCAGUGUUCCCCCUAUAUUCAUUACAAAGCGGUGGCCCACCUCUGCUUAAUUGUUGCCACCGCUGCAAACAAGUAGCACAGGAUCACUUAACUUUUAAGUUGAUAUGAAAUGUACCAUUAACCCACAUUGUAACACCUCACACACUGACAGGCGAUGGGUAUUAUUGGGAGUUGAUUUCCAUGUGAGCGGCCAUGUCCCAAUGGGAGAGACCGCUUUUCUUUUUCUCUUGUUCACGCUGAACACACUCAUUGGUUUGGGAACUGUAAUUGGGACAUGUAAUUGCUUUGGGAAAUGUAAUUGCUUUUGAUUACUACGACCCAAGUUGUCUUGUAAGAAUUUGCUUAAUUAAGUGAAGGUACAUGUUUAACUUCAACAUGAUGAAGACAAUGUUUGUUUUUAUAUUCUACUCCCUUAAGGAAUGUUUAGAAUAUUUUUACAAUGUGGAUGUAGCUGUUAUACCAUUUCUCUUUUGUUAAAGAAUUCACUGUGUGAAAAUUGGAUUGCAUUUUUGUAUAAUACAAUUGCUUUGGGGGGGGUAAACUAACUGGAAGUUUGAAGUAAAUGUAACUUAUGUGCAACAGUGAUUCUUUACUGGCAGGGACUGUAAUUAAAUAAUAUUGUGAAACUGA